CCUCACGUUCUCUCCCUCCUCUCUCUCUCUCACUGAUAGGUUUUGCUCUGGUUUUGCCAGAUCUGUUGAAAGGCAAACCACCGGGAACCAAAACUGAACAAAUAUUUCAAAUGAAAGAAAAAAGGUGGCCUUAUUUUUUUAGCAUCUUAGGCAGAAAUUUGGAAUUGGGGAGGGUCGUAUUCCCACUCCCUCUGUUUUAAGAGAGGCACUCUUAAAAGUUGACGCAUGUGGACAGUACCUAGAAGUCAAUUAACAUACGAUUGAUUUGUUGACCUUCAAUUGAGGGGCUAUAUUUUUUGAGCUGAAGUGCACUGUGGUGGGAUAGAAAGAGAUUGGGUUUCCCCCCUAGAUUGACUUGAGUUCAAAUCCUGGCUCAGUCACUUAGGAAUUGGUUCUGUGGUCUUGGGCAAGUUGCUUAAAUUCUCUGGACUCAACUAUCUCCGUCUAUGAAAUAGACAUCUAAUACUGGCCUCCUAGGAUUGACGUAGGGAUGAAACCAAAAUGGUUCAUGGUGUCAUGCACAGAACACGACAAAACACGGCAGCUUCUAUUAUUGAAUAGGAAGAUAUCAUUAACUAGAUACAUCAUCAUUCUUGAGUGGCUUGUCACUGGUCCAAAGUGAGAUAAGUACAGAAAUCAAGAGCAAGCAUUCAGGAACAUUCUUAGCAGUUAGACAUUAUGACCUCCAAGCCUGUGUGACUGGUGGACUCCUCUGGCUGAGCAGAGUAGAGGCCAGUUUUUAUGUGUUAUCAAAUGUACCUGGUACCACUACAUACUAAUCACAGGCAGGAGGACCACAUAUUGGACUUUGACAGAUUGGAAAGUUUAAAAAGCAAAACAAAAUGAAUCCUGUCCUUCACUAUAGAUGGUUUGAGGAGCACUGGACUGGGUCCCUGAAAGCUGGAAAGAAUCAAAGGAUGAGUGGCUACUGAGAGAAUGGACACAUUUUCCUUGCUGUUGGAUUAUUAACUAUUACAGCAGCGAUAAUACCAGCAGCCAACACUCGGCGGGCAUGAGCCUGUGCCAGACAUGAAGCUCAGCCCCCACGGAAUCCUCUCAACGUCCCAUGGGGUGGAGGUUCAUGCUCCCAUUUUAUCAGGUGGGGAAACCAAGAAACCAGAGAGACUCAGUAACUGACCCAAGGCCACACAGCUAGUAGGCAACAGAGGGAGAUCCAGGUCCCAGGUCUACUUGAAUCCAAAGCUGUGCCCUUAACCCACUGUUGAACUUCCUGCUGAGAUCCUGAGGACUGGUCCUAGAAGGGAGGUGGGCGCCCAUGACCCCCCUCUGCAUCUCUGACCUGCAGUUCUGGUACAGAGAGGCCUUCCUGCGGGACCGGGGCCUGCAGACUGGGUACCGCAGCAUCCACGACGACCCGAGGAUGAAGCAUUUCCUCAGUGUCAGCAAACUCCAGGGUGACAAUGAGUAUGGGAAGGACUUCGCUAAGAGUCAGUCCCAGUUCCACAGCCGCCCAGACCAGCCUGGCUUCCUCCAAGCCAAGAGGAGCCAGCAGCUGGCCAGCAGUGUGUGCUACAGGCAGCCCCUGCCCCAGCCCACCUGCGACCCAGAGCAGCUGGGCCUGAACCAUGCCCAGAAGGCCCACCAGCUGCAGAGCGAUGUGGGCUGCCCUCACUCCCUGGCCGAGGCCCGGCCUCUGGGGCCUCUUCGUAAGAGAUGGCCAGAAUCCCACGUCCCCUGUUACCUUCAGGGAGGACCUGGGCUGAGAUAGAACCCAGGAGACCUAACUCAAUAGUCCCAGAAGAAAUGACAAGAAUUGCAAUGUACUGAGUCCUUCCUGUGGGCCAGGCUCUGUGCCAAAUGCUUUCUGAGCGUCGUGCCACGGAGCUCUCACAACCACCCCACCACUGCCCCAGUUUACAGAUGGGGAACCUGAGUCUUAGAGAGGUGAAGUAACAAACUCAAGAUCACAUGGCAAGUAAGUGGCAGGCCUGGGAUCUGAGCCCCAUUUGGUUUGAUGUGAGAGCACAAGCUCUUGAUUGCCGUGCCAUACUCUUUCCAAGGGAUCUUAGUAGUCGCCUAGACCGUGACCUUUCUCUGGGAGGCAAGUGAAGCCCAAAAAAGGGAAAUGACUUCCGUAAGGCCACAGAGCAAGUCAAGAUGGGAGCUCGGCCUUGAACCAGGUCUCUGACCCUCCACCCCCAUUACAGCCCCAUCACUUGAAUGGAAAGAUGCAGAGGGCAGCGUUAUGCUGGCCCAGCCCCCAGCACGGAGGGUCCUCAAUGCCGGGGAGCUCCUGCUUAAGAAGAAUUGGCUCCCUUGACCUGGCUUCACUGACAGCAUAUUCUCCAGGGCAGGCUUUUUAAGCCUCCCCCCAAACCCUGCUGACCUAUUCCUCUUGCCUCCCUCCUUCC